AUGCCUCGACGAUCACCUCCUACUGCGCUGCGUCUUGCUUCAGGACCAACUCCACCCCGAAACACGCCUAAACAUACAAUGCCAUCGGUUCCGCGGCCAGCAUUCUACCCUCAAGCAGCUGUCCCACGUGGGCCUUCCCCUACUCCUCGACACAAGAGUAAAGAUUGGCUGGUCGCAGAGUUCGGAAAAGGCUAUCAACCCAUCGAUGUGUGGGCAACGCCAGCACCCAAGGUCCGCGGGCCGUGGGAUCACGCUGGGUCUAUAAGGUUACCUUUUAACGCGGAAAGUCUCCUUGCACCGAUGAAGCCUGUAGCGGUGAUGUAG